AACCAUCAUUCAACGCCAUUAGCCGACCCCAACACUCAACGGAACUAGUUACCUUCUCUUUCUUUCUCUCACCCUCCUCUCCGACACAACCCAAAAACCACCGUCGAAUCUAUUGUAAAGGCAUAAUGGAUGCCAGAGUUGGUGUCUUAUUCCUUGUUGUGUUGGGUGCCACUUUUGUUGGUGAUGCCAGACAACUAUCAGCCACUGAAUUUUUCCCUAGGAGUGUUUUAAUCUCUCAUAUAUCAGGGAAAAUUCAAGCUUCAGAAAAGUUUGCCCAGAAUGACAAUUUUUGCACCUUAUGUGAGGAAUAUGCUACUGAGGCACUUGAUUAUCUUUCUAAGAACGAGACCAAGACUGAGGUCCUUGAAAUACUUUACACAACUUGUUCUCGUUUACCCCCUUUUAAGGUGGAGUGCAUUCACUUGGUGGACUACUAUGUUACUCUCUUCUACACAGAACUCUCCUCCAUACAGCCUGAACAACUCUGCAAAGCUCUCAACCUCUGUGAAAACAUGGUACUUAUUUCUUCACAAUUCCAUGAGGACAGUUGCAGCAUGUGCCACCAUGCUGUUUCUGAAUUAGAAACCAAGCUGCAGGACCCUGACACCCAGCUAGAGAUAAUUGAGCUGCUCUUAAAGGCAUGUGAUUCCAUACAGAACUUUGCGAAAAAGUGUAAGAGAAUGGUGUUUGAGUAUGGACCUAUGAUUCUUGCAAAUGCGGAGCAAUUUCUUGAGACAAACGACAUCUGCACGAUGCUUCGUGCCUGUAAUGGAUCUAACAAAGCAUCACUGGCAGGCUCAUAAUUUUAGCAUCAAGCGUUUGUAGCAUUGUUGUUGUAUCUACACUUGGAUUUUCUGGUGUGAAUAUCUAUGAAAUUUGUAAACUUCUGCUGUAAGAUAUAGUUCGCUUCAAUUUGAUUACUUCAAGUUUAUGCAAUCUGAUGGCCAAUAAAAGGUUUAUGCCUCU